UGUAUAAAUAACAUAAUUAAAUAGAUGUAGAAAAAAUGUCAUUUUAUUAUAUAAUUUAUUUAUUGUUGCAUAGAUCUAUACUAUGCAUUUGUUUUAAUUAAUAUGCGCAAAUACCAUAUGAAAAAGAAUGCAACGCGAAGCAAAAAAAAUCUCAGAUAAGAGAAAUGAAUUGGAUGAUGAACAUGUUGAGUCCAGGAAUAAAAUUUUAAAAGCUUUGAAACAGGUACAAAAUUAUGAUACAAGUCAAAACUCUUAUGAUUCUGAUCGUACUUAUUUUAGUGUCACACAUACAGAUGAAGAAAUAUGUUCUCCUGUAUUAGAAGACUUAUUGAUAGAGUUAAAUAUAUCAAGACUGGAGAAACAAUUGCGUGCAGAAAAGAAUGAUUUAUUUCACUCAAUUUGCUCUUACUGUAAAAAUAUCUUUGAAAUACCAAAGAAUUUUAUGAAAUCAGUGGAUAAUACAACUCUUAGCCCAUUGACGAAAUGCAAAGCAGAUUUAAGUUUUCUUCAAGCUAUAGUAUGGUUGAAAUCGGUUGCAAUAAGGAUGCGUGAAAUUCCUGUUGAAGAAUAUAACAUGAUAUUUAAUGUAUCUACGAAAGUUCCUAAGCAUAAUGUUGUACAAUCUUUGUCACAUGUGAAUGAUUUAUCGCUUUCUAAGUUGCAAGAAAAUUAUAAGAAAAAAAUGAUCUGCACUAGUCCUAUUCUUUCCAAUAAAGAAUUUAAUAAUAUGGAUUCAUUAAGUUCUAAGUCUUCUAAGCCAUGCUACAAUUUCAAUGGAUAUGAUUCAAAAGAAUUGUACAAGGAAAAAGAAAAUUGUACAAAUAUAAAUAAUAUAGAAGAUCAGUCAGAUCCUUUAACUCCUCAAAGGUGGAAUAACUUAUACACAAUAAAUGAAUGUGUACCUGAACAUCUAAUCAUUCCAGAGUCAGAUGAAGAAUUAACAAUACAUUCAGAAAAUUUGGACAAUAUAUAUGAAGAACAUUUUAUUACACCAGAUUUAAUUAGUUUAAGAAAUGAUUCUUUAAAUUAUAAUGAAAGUAAUACUUCUGAAAAACAUGAUAGUGCAUAUGAUACUUUAAAUAUUGAUCAAGAUUCCAUUGUUUUUUCUAAUAGUAUUAAUGAAAAAAUACAUAAUAAAUGUUUACAAAAAAAACGGAAAUUAGAAAUAGAAAAUAUAUCGAGAAAAAGGUCAAAGUAUACGAAAGGAAAUGUUUCGACUGGAUGGGUAAACUUUACUCUUAGAACAUUGGAAACAAAUGAUAUUGUCAUAAAAUCAAUACAAAUAAUUUUAAGGGUUUUUAAAAAUGAGAAUAUUGUUAAAGAACAUUUAAAACGAAAAUAUUGGAUUGAUACAUUAGAAAAGGAAGCUUUAGAUGCAAUAUUAAAUUUCUCAAAUAUUUUUAGAUUAGAGAUGAAAUCUGAUAUAUGUGGUCGUGUAGUUUUAGAAACCAUAGAAGAUAUAUUAGAAGAAAUAUAUCAAGUUACAAAUUUUAAUAAGACAACGUUACAAAUAUAUCAUAUAUCCAUCAUUUUGGAAUUUUGUAAUUCUCCAUAUAUUUGUUAUGAAAUCAUUGAUUUUCUUAUCAAAAAAUUAGAUGAUGUUCAAAUUACUUUAAAGAAUAUAUUUAAGAAAAAAUUACAUGGCAUUCAUAAUGUAAUUAAUAUAGUACAUCUUAUUUUAUAUGCUUUAAGAAUUUGUUUGCAAAAAUAUACCAUUAUCAUUCAUAAUAACAAAAAUAAUACUGAACACGAUAUUAUACCAUCAGUAACAAAUCUUUGGCUCAAGCAAUGGAACAUAGACCAAGUCUUUGAUGAGAAGACAAAAGAACAGAAAAACAUAGAAAAAUGGGCAAAUAGUUUAGAAACUUUUACGAUGACUUAUAUAGAUGAUAUUCCAUUAUUAGCAGAAAAAUCACGACAAUUAUAUCUCAUGUUGGUUACAUAAUAUAUUUAUUAUUUAUAUAUAUAUAUAUGUGAAGUUAAUGAUAAGAAAUAUAUGAUGAAUAAAUUGUUGAAAGAAUUUCAUUUUAUUAUAUUGUUUAAAGAUAGAAAAAAAUAGGAAAUGUAUAUAUAUCUGACUUACUUAAAAUAUUAUUUAUAUUAUAUUUAGAUAC